AGAUGAUGACGGCGCCGCAGCCCGCCCCCGCCGUGUCGGGUCCGCUGGCCGUGCUGGACCCCACAGGACAAUUUGCAAAAAGGAAGAAGACUUCACUUUGGUUCACUGUCUCUCUGCUGGUAGUGUCUGUUUUCAUACUGACCAUAGGUCUGGCAGCUACCACCAGAACAGAAAAUGUUACCGUGGGAGGCUACUACCCAGGCAUCGUUCUUGGCUUUGGAUCUUUCCUGGGGAUUGUUGGAAUCCACCUGGUAGAGAACAGAAGACAAAUGUUAGUAGCCUCCAUCGUGUUUAUCAGCUUUGGCGUGGUAGCAGCAUUCUGCUGUGCAAUAGUUGAUGGAGUGUUUGCAGCACGACACAUAGAGCCCAGACCUUUGUAUAACAAAAGGUGCCAGUUUUAUUCAAGUGGAAUAGGAUUCCUGUAUGAUGCCUAUCAGACAGAGGUGACAUGUUACAACUUAAACAGCAAGUGCCAGCUGAAAAUCAAGAGUAACACAUGCUAUUGCUGUGACCUGUACAACUGUGAGAAUUCAGAGCAGUCCUCCAGCUACUAUGAAUUUCUUGGCGUGAGCAGCUGUCAGGACGUGGUUCACCUGUAUAGGCUGCUGUGGUCCUCCACAGUCCUCAACAUCAUCGGAUUGUUCCUGGGGAUUAUUACAGCAGCCAUUCUUGGGGCAUUUAAAGACAUGAUACCUCUGUCCCAAAUUGCUUUCAGUGCUGCCCCUCCUCCACAGAUCCUGUACAAUCCUGCCCAGCAGAUCCUGACAUACGCUGGGUUCUGUCCGUCUGCAGCAACUAUUUCUACGUAUCCAUCCUACCCGUUACCCCUUCAGCCUGCCAGCAAUUUUCCAGGAACAUCAUCUACUGAUAAUUCUUUAUCAGAAGAAACUCAGCCUCCGUCUCAUUCCAGCUCCAGCUAUGGGCUUCCCCCCAAUGCUCCAGCCCUCUAUACACCAACCUACUUCUUGCCUGGAGAAAAGCCUCCCCCCUAUGCACCAUAGAGCAAAAAAUGUAUUUAGGUAGCUGGUAGGCUUGUAUUUUCUUUUAAAGAAACCUCUGGAAACUGUGCUGUGCAGGCACUAGACCUGCCAAGGAACCCACUGCAGAGUGUGUUACGGCCACUCUGCUUUUCCUUGCAUCUCACUGUGAGCAGAGUGGGACCCUGGAAAUGCAAGGGCAGGCACAUCACCAGCGGGGUGACCAGUCACCACCCAGUCUGCCUGCAGUCAAAUGCCUGUUGCUUUCUGGCUACCAAAAGCAUGAGAUGUUUCCUUCUCAGUACACUGCAGAAUGAAUUUUCUUCAAGAGGAGGAGUGAAGAAAACACUCUGGAUACCUGUUCUGCUUUCAUAAACCCAGACAGAGGGAUUCUAGUCUGUGGUGUCUGAGUGGGUAGUCAGGAGCUCUCCAAGCCAAUCUCUCUGGGUAGGAAGAGCUCAGGUGUUUGUUUGCUUGCAGUAUUUAC